AUGGUCAAAACAAAUACCAGCUCUGACAGCAGUGAUGACGGGACGAUAGAUGCUUGUCCAGCAACGGAGAGCAACGCCGGAGAUGGCAAUACAACUCAGACUACUGGUGACUUUGACUGGGAUGCGCAGACACAGGCCGAAGUGCUAGCUUCUUACUACUAUGGGUAUGUUGCCACACAGCUUCUUGGUGGUUUUCUUGGUGAAAAAUAUGGAGCUCGGUAUAUAUGUGGGCCUGGUUUAUUUAUCGCUGGGCUCCUCACCGUCGUAUCGCCAUGGACAGCAUAUGUGAACACAUACUUCUUUAUGGUUGUACGAGCUCUGGAGGGAGCUGCUUCAGGAGUUGUUGUUCCUUCAUUACAAUCAUUGGUUUCAAAGUGGUUUCCUCCAGAAGAAAGGACAAGACUGUCAGGUGUAAUCUUUUCAGCACUCAAUUUAGGCAGUGUGCUUUCCAUGGGAUUGUCUGGUAUAUUAGCUGCUGCUGGUGGAUGGCCACUGGUGUUCUACUUCUUUGGUGCUUUAGCUGUUGUAUGGUUUAUACCAUGGAUUUUCCUCAUUUAUGAUUCUCCUGAUAAACAUCCCCGUAUUUCUGAGGAGGAAAAAGAAUAUAUUCUUAGCAGUCUUGGUGAGGAACUUAAUGCAAAGAAGGUUGCACCACCAGUGCCCUGGUUACAAUUGUUAACAUCAGUUCCUGUUUGGACAGCAAUUAUAUUUCAUACUGGAACAGCAUGGACAAUGUUCACAUUACUUAGCGAAAUGCCAACAUAUCUGAAAACAGUUCUGCAUUUCGACAUUGCACAGAGUGGUCUACUUUCUGCAUUACCAUAUGUGUUUUGCUGGGUGUUUGGCAGUGUAUUUGGUUGGUUAUCUCAGUGGAUCCGAGGGAAGGGAUACCUCUCUCACUUGGCAGCAUACAGAUUUUUCAAUGCAAUUGGUAAUUACCUUAUUCACAUGAAUGCUCUGACAUUGCAUUUAAUACAGUAA